AUGGCAAGCUUCCGCGUAGAUGAAGGUGGUCAAGACGGUAGCAUGAAUUUUGAUGAAGCUGGUGGGCAAGCAAAUGGUAUGAAGCUCCAGGGUCCAGAGAGACGACCCCUGCGUUCAGACCGAACAACGGGGGAAGUGACCAUCGGUGAUCUACCUGUUCGUCAUCUCGAUUCCAGCGCCACCAAACUCGAGCAAUUUGCUGAUGCUAUCAUGCAUCACCCACUCGAGGUCACCGUCACCAUGUUUGACAACCUCUACAAGUUUUGCUGCGAGAACAAAGAUUCCAAUCUCCCUGAGCCCUUCAACUUGAAGAAAGAGCCCUCCGUGCCGUACAGCAUGCAAAUCAUCAUACAAACUGCACAGCCACCUCCCGGAGGAGAUACGGAUGGAUCCUAUGUUCACAUCUUCAAGCAUGUGUACCUUCACCGCAACAAGGUCUCAGCUUCAGAUUGUGUCCAGAUGUGUCAUGGUACUCCUUUGCGGUUUGAUUGGGGUAAUCACACCCGGCUUGCUCUCACGGGCCUCAAUGUCAUGCUUGACAAAAUGGGUGGCAAGCAACUACGUUACUGGCUUAUCAAACCGAAGUUCGAAAAGAAAGUUUCUAUUGAUCAGCAAGCCAGAGAGGAGGGCUACAAAUUCAUCCGCGAGUUUGGUCCCAAGGCCAAUAACCGCAAUCAGUUCAUGGAGUGGACCGAUGAGCAGAUCAACACCACUGGUAGCAAAAUUGAGGGUUGGUCCGAGGGUAGGGUAAAGGAAGCGCACCACAAUCAUAUGCGUGGUAGACAAAACGCGAAGACGAUCGAGCACUGGCCGUUUACCUUAAAGUCGUUCACACCCUGGUUCUUGGACAACGUUCUGAGUAAGAUGCUUCCAUCGAUGCGACAACAUGCUAUCACAUGGAUAGGACGAACCCGUACAGGCAAGUCCUUGGGCUCAAAGGCUGUCCUGUUCACGCAAUCCAAGUACGAGAUUGACCCGGCAGACCGCGCAGACUUGGUUCCCUCCAUCCUUACAGCGAAACACCUGGACUUCUUUAAAGCGGAACCCCUCACCAGAUUUAAACCAGGUGUCUUCGAUGACGGCAUGCUGCAAAGGAUGGACGCAUCCUUCCUCAAGGCGUUUCUCAAUCCAUCCGAAGAGGAUGCCACAGUCUGGGCAAGGUAUUCAUCGGCACACUUCGAACAAGGUGCGGGCCGCCAUGCCUGCAACAACCCAUAUGACCGCAGCGUGGAUGAGGAAGCUUUCGCCAACAUGAACACCACCAAGUGCUGGCAUAUCUCUCAUGAGAAUUUCAUCAAGUUGAUCACUCCCUCCUUCAGUGCUGUGGACGAAGCAGAAGACCUCGAUGCUAUUUUAGCACGCACCCAUUUCAUUGUCCUUACAGACAGUGGCGUGUAUCAUCGCGUUGCUGCAGCGGCCAAAGACUAUGUGAGCUUCAUUCCCUGCUGGGACAACGAGCCCAAAGAUCUUCUCGUCCAGUCCCAGCACGAGAUCUUCAAAGCCUACAAGCUCAACCCGCAUGCUCACGAACUUCCCCCGUCCUAUCAUGAGGAUUCCGUGUGGUCACAGGAACUUCGACGUCUCCUAAACGGCGAGAGUAUCCCUCGUGGUUGCACCAUCUACCGGCCCAGGGGUGGAUUGUUUGCUCUUCUCGCAAAAGUCAAGAAAGAAAAGGUCAUUCACGCCUUCCGCAACUUAGAGGAGAGUGGCCCUCAGGCAAUCGACUUGGAUACCCCCUCACCAUCUCCAAAGAAACGUCCGCAUGUGGAUGCUGCUGAUGCAAGCACGUCGCAUUCCAGUAAGAGUGCACGCGGUGAUGUUCCAUCUUCUACAGCAAUUCUGAACCCUGACUUUCCAGGCUUCGGCGACCACACCGACAACGUGAAUGAGGAUUUCCCUGAUGUGGGCCACGUUCCAGAUGAACUCGAAAUGGCAUUGGAAAGGGAGAUGGUGCUCCUUCACGCUCCGGACGCCCUGAACGUGAUCAAAUAUGGCUGUGGGGUGCAGUGCUCCACGGAGAUGAAAACGAACCUUUCCAUGUUGGGAAUGAAAAGUGGAGACAUUUUUGUGAGCGACAAAUGGAAG